AUGGACUCCGUGAACGUGUUCGACAUUUACAGCACUCCCGAGACUCCCACAGCUCCCCCGAGCAAAAAGAAGGCAAGCAAGAGGCACCCUGGGGAAAGCAGCAAAGUGCCUCAGGCUAAGAAGCCUCGCAAUGCAGGCCUCCCGGAGGACGGGCCCUCAGCUAAUACAACUCCACCCUCUCCUCGUAAGCAGCAGACUCCCCCUGCUCCAGCCGGAACGACUCCACCUCCUGCGGCCCCAACCGACCAGGCUCACCAGGUCAGUCCUGCUUCGACUGGGGGAGACAUAACUAGUCACGCCUUCAUAUCGGUCAAGGACAGGGUCGCGAAAAAUGUAAAGCAUGACCGCUGCCAAGAGGCGAUGGACGUCGACCUGAUCUUAAACCGUACCUUGAACGAGUUUACCAAUGCAAUGCUGACCCUUACUGCCGGCCGUCUCUGCUCAGGUGCUAUUACCGAGCAGGCCAAAUCUUUGGAGCAACGACACGCUGAUGAACUCAAAGCUGCCGCAGAGAAAUAUGUCAAACAACUUGCAGUGGAAUUUAAGGAGAAGAAUAAAUUGGCCGAGGAGUUGAAGGAGAAGCAAAAGUCUCUAGAUAAAGCCAUCGAUCAGAGGGACCAGUUCAAGGAGUCUAACCGCGUCAAUUACCGCGCGGCUAAACAGCUCGAGGAGGACUUGGCUGCGAGCAGACAGGAGAAUACUACCUUGGAGGGCUGGAUCGAGGAGCUUGAGAAAGCCAAUGCCAGCAACUUAGAAAGGUAUAAUAAUGCCACUCUCCGAUGCUUCUAUGAUUUAUGGAAGCACAACCAGGGUGCCAACUUCAACUACCUUCCUGAGAAUGCAAGAAACGCUGAGCUUGCUAGCUGUGCUGCUCGACUGGAAGAGGAAGAAAGAGCAAGGAUUCCUGCUUCCCCUGAGAUCUCGCUGGCCUGGGAUGGACAGGGCAGACAAUGA